AUGGAAACUUAUAUGACAUUAGUUUUAACAGACUCUUAUUUAAUCGGUUCUCAGGUUUUGGCAUGGUCUUUAAGAGAUUCAGGAUCCAAAAAACAUCUUACUGCACUAGUUACAAAAAAAAAUCUUUCAGAAUCCACUCUUAAAGCAUUAGAAGAAGUAUAUGAUGAAAUAAUAAGUGUAGAACCUAUUUAUAGCAAAGAUAUAGACAAACUUUAUCUUUUGGGCAGACCAGACCUUCGUUCUUCUUUUACAAAAAUACAUAUUUGGGCUCAAGAAAAAUUUAAAAAAAUUAUAUAUUUAGAUGCAGAUGCGUUUUGUUUAAAAAAUAUAGAUGAACUAUUUGAUCUAGAUACCGAUUUUGCAGCAGUUCCAGAUGUUGGUUGGCCAGAUAUUUUCAAUAGUGGGGUAUUUAUUACUAAACCAAAUAUUUCAGUUUAUAAUUCGCUUCUAAAUCUCGCAAAAAAUAGCAUAUCAUUUGAUGGAGGAGAUCAAGGUCUUCUUAAUUUUUACUUUUCUAAUUGGAAACGGCUACCUUUUACAUACAACGUAGUACCAUCGUUUUCUUACCAAUAUUUUCCCGCAUAUUAUCACUUUAAAUCCAAAAUAUCAGUUAUACAUUUUGCAGGGACAAAAAAACCUUGGAUGCUAAGUAAAGAUGAAAUUAACUAUAAACCAUAUAAUGAAUUAAUUGAAAAAUGGAAGUCGAUACAGAGAAGUCGCACAAAACCUCAAGAAUCUCUUAAUAAUUUGUCUUGUGAAAAAAAAAUACAUUUAGAAACAAAAAAAGCUAUUGAAAGUCAAGAAUCAGAAGAAAGUAACAAUAAAAAUAACAUAUCCUAUGAACUAUUAACUCAAAAAACUUCUGCUAUAUAUAACAGAAUAAAAUUUAACCAUAAACAACUAGACAAACAAGAUCUAUCUUCAAUUUUAUCUAAGACAGCAUUUUUUUACAACUCUAAUUACGAAAACAAACAGAAUAGAUCAUUUAACUUAGAUAAAUUACUAUUUAUACCACAACCUCCACUGUUAAUACCAGAAUAUAUAAAAGGAAUUGAAGAAUAUAAUAGAUAUAGAAAUGAAAUUGAAGAGUUUAAUAAAUAUAAAAAUGAGAUUCUUCAAAUAAAAAAGAUCUACACAUUUCCUUGGAGAAGACAAAAAAUGAAAGCUACUAGAGUAUUUAUGGAUGACAAUCAGGAAAACAAAAUAGAUAUGUCAAAAUAUGAUAUAAAAAUAACGAAAAAAAAUGUGUUUUUAUAUUACAAAACAGACAAAAUGCCAAUUUUCAAAUUUUGA